AUGAUGUUCUCCGUACCUACUAGACAGCGCCUGUUCCUUGUGACUCGACGACGGCCCUUGGUUGUGGCGUCUCGUUUCAACUCUAGGCUAGCAUCGACAUUGAGGAACCCAGCCAGCAGACCAAAUGACUCUUGUUUCAAUAGCAAAAGAGCUGCAUAUGCUGCGGGCGGCACCAGCCUGGCCAUUUUGGGUUUGAUGUGGACGGGACGCAAUCGGUGCGAUGCUCCGGACGAUGCCCGCGACAAGAGGGCCCUCUCGACGGUUCCAUUGACAAAGCUCCUUUCCGGCUGGGUCGCGUUCGCGUUCUGCUCCUCUCCGACCUGGGUGGGCAUGAGCGAGUCUCUAUAUAACAUUCUCUCGAGAAUUCCCCUUGUGUCUUCCAUCACCAAUGCGGUUGUCAUGCAGACAUUUUUCAACCAGUUCCUUGGGGGGCAAACGAUCGCUGAGUGUAUUUCCAAGAUAGAGGCUCUGCGCAGUGAGGAAAUCGGUACCCUUCUAGGCUAUAACAUCGAGGCGGAACUGGAUGGUUCCAGCAAGGAUAUGCAACUCAUUCUCGAGCAGACCCAGCAUGUUUUGUCUUCCAUAGAGGCCCAGGGGAAGCUAUCUCGCCGGCUGUGGCCCGACACCACUGCUACUGGCGGUGAUAACCGGUGCUGGGUCCGAAUCAAAGUCACUGGUCUGUUGUCCAACCCAGUUGCUCUUUACCAUGGCUCCAAUGCUAUCCUCAACGCAAGGGCAGAAAAGGGCUUGGACAAGGACGUCCCAUACCCUGGGCUGCCCCAUGAUGGUGACUGGGAAGCCGCACUGAAUGGAGAUGGGGUGACGCACGCGGAUCGCAAAGAGCUAGUAGCCCUACGCGCCGUUCUGGAGAAGAUUAUCAGCAAAGCACGAGAGAACAAUGUGCGCAUUGUUAUUGAUGCUGAACAAUCAUGGUAUCAGCCAGUUAUCGACAGUCUGACCGACGAGUUUAUGCAGAAAUAUAACUCACUGGACGGCCCCGCUACUUGUAUCGCUUCGUUUCAAGCUUACCUCCGCAGGUACCCUCAGUUCCUGGAUCAGCAAAUUGAGCGUGCUGAUAAGAAGGGAUACAAACUCCUCUUCAAGCAGGUUCGGGGAGCCUAUAUGGUCACUGAAGCAGCGAGAUGGAAGAAGGAAGGCCGGGAGGGGCUAGGGCCAGUGUGGCCUACAAAAGCAGAUACCGAUGCCAGCUACAAUAAUGGCAUUGAGAAGACUCUCUCCACCGUGACUGAUCAGAUUCAACAGACUGGCCGGUCGAGGAUCAGUGCCGUGUUUGCUACCCACAACUCUAUUAGUGUUGACUUGGGGAUAAAGUUGCUGGAGAAGUAUGGAGUGGCAAAACGCAUGCCUGGUGAGGACAGACUUGUGAUUUCAAGUGAAGCUGCUGGUAGCAUUGCAUUUGCGCAGUUAUAUGGAAUGAAGGAUGACCUUACCAACAAAAUCACUGGCUCCGUUAUGACUGCAGGUGGAUUCCCGCUCGUCGUUAAGUCAAUGAGCUAUGGUGACCUGAAGGAAUCUUUACCGUUCUUAGCAAGACGGGCUACGGAGAAUAAGGCGGUUCUGGAGGGGCGAGGCGGCGCCGCUGCUGAGAGGUCACGUCUGGGUCGAUCAUGGCUCCCCGUACACUCCACGCUGCGAUACAGAUCAAGUACCAAAGACAAGAACACUCAGCUGAACGUAUUCGUGUCCAGCAAACGAUUUAAAAUUGACCUUUUGGCUGCCAAUUUUGAAAGCUCCCCUACCCUGCUGGAAGAGUAUCUUCGGCAAGUUAAGCGCCAAGAACCAGAAUACAUACCUGACACAAAUGAAGGAGAGUUUGAUGAGCCUCUGGAGGAAAUGCAUGAUUGGAUUUUGCAACCGUUUCUACCAAUAUUCAACUCUAUUCCUUCUCUAGACCUGAGCCGGAAGUACACCCUAGAGAACUGUUUAUUCUCAGAGGAAAUUCAUUACACUGUCAAAGUGGUAGGCGGCAAUUUAGUCCCAGCUUUUCUUGAGAAAACGGAUGGCAAGAAGAACCACCUUGUCGGAGCUAUUCUACCCUCUUCCUCCUAUAUCGACUACUCGGCGUUUCCCGUCUACCAUCCCAGUGAGAUUCACGUUCCAGUCAAUGCGGAAUCGACCUCAUUACCCUCUAUACCUCGUAAGGUGUUUAUUUGA